AUGGGGAUUAGAUCCUCAAAGCAACACCCCUCUCCCCCCUCUAGUAUACCUAAGGUCUUUGGGGACCUGACAGCACUUGUGGUAGAACCAUUACCAGCAGCACCAAGGGAGGGGCAAAGUAGGAACGAUGAAGCAGGUCAAACAGGCCUUCACCCUGAGCUUUUGAGGGAGAUGGAAGCACUGGAAGCGUCGCUUCAGCGGCACCACAUCACCCCUCAAGCCGCCCACAUUCAGGGCUGCCGCUACCUCUGCACUGACCCCUUGAUGAGCUCCUUUUCUGCCUCCCCGCCCUGCAAAGUCACCACCCUCGCCAAGGUGGAGGGAGCAGCAGAUGGGGCAGACGAGGAGGAGCAGAAGGCGGGUGUUGAUGGGGAGAGGAAAGGGUUAAAUGCGGUUGAGGGAAGAGAGGGUGGUGAGGGAGAGGGAGGAGUAGGAGAGUGGGAGGGAGCAGAGGAGAGAGGUGGAGGAGAUGAGGUGAACAACUGGCUUGGGGAGGUCACUGAGGAGGAGAGUGAGGAGGAGAGUGAGGAGGUGGCAUCGAAGGUGGGGAGAAACGCGUGGGUGGUGGAGAGGAGGUGCGGAGGGCGGCAGCUGGUGGUGGCAGUGGAGAGAGGGUGUGAUUCCCUGCUGGGAGCAGAAGAGCUUGUGGACAGACUGAAUGCACAGCACUUCGGGGGGGUAUUCCCAUCUCACUAA